GGCCUUAUAUCGCACUUGCUUUUCAUUUCUCUUCGCGACAUAGUCUGGCAUAGAGCUUCGUUCGAGAUGGCAUCCGGCAGUCUCCAGAUAUUAGGCAUUGCUCUAGCAAUUAUUGGCUGGAUGGGAACUAUCGUUAUUUGCGCUCUACCGAUGUGGAAAGUGACUGCAUUUAUUGGUAACAACAUAGUCACGGCGCAGAUCUUCUGGGAAGGCUUGUGGAUGAACUGCGUGAUGCAGAGCACUGGACAGAUGCAGUGCAAGGUCUACGAUUCCAUGCUGGCUCUCCCACGGGACCUGCAGGCCGCCCGCGCACUGGUCGUCAUUUCCAUCCUGGUGAAUAUAAUGGGUAUCCUGUUGUCCCUCGCUGGAGGAAAAUGCACCAACUGCCUGGAGGAUGGGGCAGCCAAAGCCAAAGUCGUCGUUGCAGCGGGCGUGUUCUUCAUAGUCGGCGCAGUCCUCUGCUUGAUUCCAGUCUCCUGGUCGGCUCACUCCGUCAUCAGGGAUUUCUACAACCCCAUCAUCGUGGACGCGCAGAGACGGGAGCUGGGCGCAUCCCUGUUCAUCGGUUGGGGGUCCGCCGGACUGCUGCUUCUCGGAGGAGCCCUCCUCUGCUGCCAGUGUCCCAAGAGUGAGGACAGCGGCUACUCUGCAAAGUAUUCGGCCCCAAGGUCAAAUUCUACCGGGCGAGCCUACGUCUGAUUGCGUAGAGAGGUUUAUGGGAACUCUACUUUGUGUGGAGACGUUUUUAUGUUUAAAUGGUUUUAGCGAGCUUGUUCACCUUUUCUCUUUAUUAAAUAAAUUAUUUGAAUUUUUAA